AUGUUGCCGACGCCUGUGUCGACGGUGAACAGCUACUUGCAUACGACAUGUGCGCCUCCUUUAGCUCAUAGAAAAUUGAAGGCUGCUAAUGUUUUACUUGAUGAAGAUCUAACGCCUCGGAUCUCCGACUGCUAUCUCACUGUUUUGAAGCCCCUAACAAUUAGCAGUGCUAGAGCUCUGGCUUCAGAAACGGAUACUGGUGGCAUUUCUUAUGAACACAUGAAACCUGGAACUGGUAACCAAAAGGACGAUGUUUAUGCGUUUGGAGUGCUGCUUUUGGAGAUUUUGACUGGAAGGAAGCCUUUCGAUGGGUACGUUAUUCAAUUACAACGUUAUUUUGCUGUCGAAUUUUGCUCUGAUUUAGGGUUGUUUGGCAUAUCUGAUCUUGCCAUAUCUUUUUCCUUCUCAAGAUUACGAAUUUGA